UUCAUCUUCACUCGGCAUCCGGCGGCGAAGAUACAAUCGCGCUCUCUUUUUCCUUUUCUAUCUGGGAACAAGGAAGAAUUAGGGUUUCAUUUUGGCUAUGGCAAUGGCUGGGCGUCUCAGGUCAAGCGUUCCUCUUUUCCAGAAGAUUCUCAGAUCCGAUUCCCUCUCCGCUGCAGCCGUCUCCAUCCACCGAUCCGCCACCGUCGAGCCGUCUUUGGCUUUUCCUAAGUUCUGCAAUAACUAUGCUACUGCAUCUUCAUCAAAGGAGCAGAAAGUAAAGGUGCCUCUUACUUUGUUUGGGGUUUCUGGAAACUAUGCUUCUGCUCUGUAUCUAGCAGCAGUAAAAGCCAAUAUUCUGGACAAGGUUGAAUCUGAGCUUCUUGACUUUGUUGAGGCUACAAAGAAAAGCAGCAUAUUUUCUCAGUUCAUGAAAGAUGUUUCAGUCAGUGCAGAUACUAGAACAAAAGCCAUGAACGCAAUUUGUUCUGAAGCUAAAUUUUCAGAUAUCAUGAAGAACUUUUUAGGUCUUGUGGCUGAGAAGGGGAGGCUAAGGCACAUAGGAAAUAUGGCAAAGAAAUUUACAGAAUUAACCAUGGCACACAAGGGAGAAGUGAAAGCUAUUGUGACAACUGUCAUUCCUCUUCCUGCUGAAGAGGAGAAAGAACUGAAAGAAACCCUCCAGCAAAUUCUUGGACAGGGAAAGAAGGUUAAUCUUGAACAGAAGAUUGAUCCUAAUAUCCUUGGUGGACUAGUGGUGGAAUUUGGGCAGAAGGUGUUUGACAUGUCCAUCAAGACCAGAGCAAAGCAGAUGGAGAGAUUCCUACGGGAGCCCGUUGAUCUAGGGGCCUUCUAAAGGGUUUUUUUUUUUUGACCUUUUCCAAGAACUUUAUUUCUGUGUAUUCCGGCGGGCAGCUGAGAAAAGAAUUAUAUUUGCUUGGCUUUUGGUUUUGGUGGCAUACGCUCAUCCCUUUGAUAUGACCGGAUCGAUCUUUUUAUUGAAAAUAAAAGCCAUCCUCCAACUCAAUUUCUUGCA